AUGGGGCCCAUGGCGUCUCCGCAGCUCAAGGCGGGGGCGUCCGCGCGGCCCGAGCACGCCGGCGCUGCCCCGGAGCUGCGGACCUCGCGUCGGCUGGCGCUCGUCUUCGCCAACGGAGCGUACAGGCACCGCCGGCCGCUGUCAAAGCCUGUGGCGGCGGCGGCGGAGUUGCGAGGAAAGUUGCUGGCGAUGGGCUUCGAGGUCGACGGUGGCCAAGACGAGGGCCUGGACGGGAUGCGCUCGGCGACGGCCCGCUGGCUCAGGCGCGUGGAGAGCGCAACGAGCUCUGCAGAGGAGGACAGCCCAGCGCCUCUGCUGAUCUUCUUCGCCUUCUGCGGGCACGGCGGGUCGGGCCGCUUCUAUCCCGUGGACUGCCCGCGCGGCAGGAAUCCAGAAGGAACCUAUUGUUUCUUCGCCGACUUCUUGGAUCCCCUGUACGAGAUACUCAGCUGGCGCACCAUCGGUGAGGAUGUCGAGAGGCCCCUGUGGGCGCUGGGCGGCCAGUCCUUGCAGCAGCACCUCGCGCAAUGGGGUGGCGCGGGGACGCGCCACUGGCGCCUCCCGGGCUGCGUGCACGUCGUGUCCCUCAUCGAGAGCUGCCGGCGCCUGAGCCCAGAGGAGCAAGAGGCCUACGAGGACGCGAGGGCGCGCGUGGCGGCGGGAAGGCGCCACAUCCUGCCCUCGCUCGCGGCCCAGCGCCCAGACCUAGCCCACAUCGGCGGCGCCGAGUGGGACGCGGCCCGCCUGGGCGGCCUCGGGGACCUCGGCGCGGGCUCGCCGCAGCUGCUGCUGGCCCUGUCCUCCGAGAGCACCACGUCCUCCUACGACGCCGUCUUCCUGCGCAGCGUCACGGAGGCCAUCGACAGGCCCGUGCGCCUGGGCGGCAUCCUCGAGCGCGCCGGCCUCGACACGCUGCGCCGCACGGGCCACCGGCAGAGGCCAGUGCUGCUGGUGCUGGGGGCGCCCUCGGCGGGCGGCGGCGGCGCGGCCACGCAGGACCUCGUGCUGGCCGAGGGCCCGGCGCAGCCGCGGGCGCGGGGCGCCGCGCCGAGCCCGCCGCCGUGCGGGCGGCCGGUCGUGCGCAUGCCCUCGCUGGCCUCGCUGCGCGCCUCCUGA